AGAGCCGGCACAGGCCCCCGGGGGCCACAUGGCUCUCACCCCAGCAGCAGCCAUGCAUGGCCCUGAUUCCUUGGAUCCCGAUAGGGAGAAGCGAUAUGCGCUGCUCUUCAGCCAGCUGGACUCCAACAGGGACGGGAGGGUGGAUAUCAACGAGCUGCGGGAGGGACUCCAAGCCCUGGGCAUGACUCCGUGCCAUAACGCCGAGCAGGAGAUCCUGCGCGCCGGGGACACCGACCAGGACGGCCAAUUGGAUUUCGAGGAGUUCACCCACUAUCUGGAGGAGAGAGAGAGGCGCCUGCUAAUCAUGUUUAACAGCCUGGACCGCAACAAUGACGGUCAAAUCGACAUCUCCGAGAUCCAGGAAUGUUUCCACGGCCUUGGCAUUCACAUCACGUUGGCACAGGCCAAGAAGGUUCUGCAGAGCAUGGACCGCGACGGAACCCUGACCAUCGAUUGGCUGGAAUGGAGAGAUCACUUCCUGCUAAACCCCCUGCACAACAUGGAGGAUGUUAUCACUUACUGGAAGCAUUCGUCUAUGCUGGAUAUCGGCGAAUCGCUGGCAGUUCCAGAUGAAUUCUCAAAGAAAGAGAUCCGCUCUGGAAUGUGGUGGAAACAGCUGCUGGCCGGGGGCGUGGCCGGGGCUGUAUCUAGAACUGGGACGGCACCUCUGGACCGACUGAAAGUCCUUAUGCAGGUUCACGGCUCACAAGGUUUAUCCAUUUUGCGGGGUCUGCGAGUGAUGAUAGAGGAAGGAGGUGUGCGCUCACUCUGGCGUGGGAAUGGGAUUAACGUAAUAAAAAUUGCCCCUGAAUCUGCUAUUAAAUUCAUGGCGUAUGAGCAGAUAAAGAAGCUGAUUCGUGGGCAGCAUGAGACUCUGCGAGUCAGAGAGAGGUUUAUCGCCGGAUCAUUGGCCGGGGCCAUUGCUCAGACUGCAAUCUAUCCAAUGGAGGUGCUAAAGACAAGGAUGGCUCUGCGGCGGACUGGCCAGUACUCGGGGAUGUCAGACUGCGCCCGUCAGAUCCUGCGAAAUGAGGGCGUCAGAGCGUUCUUCAAGGGCUACAUUCCCAAUCUACUGGGCAUCGUGCCCUAUGCAGGCAUUGACCUGGCAGUAUAUGAGACACUGAAGAACACAUGGUUACAGCGGUACAGAUCCAGCACCAGCGCCGACCCUGGAGUUUUGGUGUUGUUGGCGUGUGGCACCGUAUCCAGCACGUGUGGGCAGAUCGCCAGUUACCCACUGGCCUUGGUCAGGACGCGAAUGCAAGCCCAGGCCUCUGUGCAGGGUUCCCCGCAGCUCUCCAUGGUGGCCUUAUUUCGCCACAUUGUGGCAAGGGAGGGCUUCCUGGGCCUUUAUCGAGGCAUCGCUCCGAACUUCAUGAAGGUGAUCCCCGCCGUCAGCAUCAGCUACGUGGUCUACGAGAACAUGAAAAGAUUGUUGGGGGUAACGAGUCGGUGAGAGAACAAGCAGCCUACUGAUCCCCCCCAACAUGGAUAUCACCCCCAAAGACUAAUGGUGAAACCCAGCCCCCCUGCAAAUACCCCAAAUGGUUUUCCCAGUAGCACACACCCUGAUUCAUCCUCCUUUACCCAGAACCCCCCAAAAAUGAAAGCAGGCAAGUUAAAUGGAACAAUGAACCAAUCCAGUCCCACCAUUCCCUUUCUCCCGGCCACAGAUCAAACCUUAAUUUUGGGUGUUUGGGGGAGUUUUAUUGCUCUUUGCACAGACUUUCUCAUGCCUAAGGUCACUGAUAUAUGGAGGUGGGAGGGGCUAUAUGAUCUGCCCAAGCCCCUCCCCUUAUCUGCAUUGGGUCACAAUGUGAAACUAGAAUAUGAUUGUAUAUUUUGCAUGGCUCCCGUCUUUGUACUUAAAGCACAGGGACCAAACUUGCUGCCCCCCAGCUCUUUGUCGAUCAUGACUCCAGGCACCAGCAAAGGAUCAUGGGAGUUGCAGGCAGCAAAAAGCAGAGGGCUCGCAAGUUGGCCCCGGUUUCUUUAAGUUGCUGCUGAAUGAGAGAUGAUGUUGUAAUACGCACAAGACCACCUGCUUCUAGAAGAACUCCAUUUUCUCUUAAAGGGGAUGUAAACCCAAAAGGAGCAAUUUGGGGGGAAUUCACAAAAGUGUUGGUAAAAGUGUUGCAUAUGCGGUAAACAACUUGCGCUGUGAAAAUGACAUUUGUGCACCAAAAAGGAGAAGGAAAGGUAAAAACUAACUAAGCUUUAUCAGAAAGGUCUAUGUAAAUACAGUCGUAAGCCAUAGCUGAGUCCUCUAUCAAAAGAAACACAGGAUAUCUUGUCUUCUUUUGUGUCACAUGUUCUUCUGUGUCAGACUUCCUGCUCUUAGAAAAAUUCUUCAGGGCACAGCACUAGUCUGCUCAGUUAGCUACUUCUCUCUCCCCCUCCCUUCUCCUCCCCCCCAUCAGAAUUUGCUCCCCCUCCAAUCUGUGUGUAAUCUGAGCUACCAGCAGCUAGAGCUGCAGCAGGAAGCUACUGAGACCAAGCUAAAAUGGCAGCUGCUAUCUUAAGCAAACACAGGGAGCUUCUAGGGCUGUUACUCAGGUAUGGUAAAGCUUUCUGCAGUUCUAGGUGGCACUAAUGCAUUUAUUGGCAAUUAAAUGCCAAAUUAGUCACGCCCACUGAUGGUAGAGGCAGACAAAUAAAGGGAAAUUGGCCUGUGGCAACAAUUUUAUACAACAUUUUUACAUUUACCAACAUUUUUUGUGAAUUCCCUCCCAUUCGUACCAGUGCAAAUAUGGCCCUGUCCUACGAAAUCACCUGAAUGUCUGCAUACAGUAUAUCAUGUGUGUGUAUAAGGUGUUUUCUACCCAGGCCAUGUAACUGUUGCUACAUACUCUCAUUGCACAGUCGCAGACUACUGUUUAGCAUGACUACUGUAAUGUUAAUUUAUAGGUCCUCAUGGUGUAUCCAGUUUCAUAUCCGCGGGGUGAGUGAAUUUAUAUGCACUAGGGUUUAUUUCCCCUUACAUAAACAGUAUGGGGGCUUACCUUUAUUGGCACUAGGGUUGGGUCGGGGGCAGUAUGGCAGCCCCUAACACACGUGUACAGAUAACACGUGUUCUGUGCCGACAUGAUACUAUGUCUUUUUGUAAAUAGAAAGAAAAGCUCAUUCUUAGCAACUUGAUGAAAUGUAAUUGCUACUGACAGCUGUAAUUGUUAUUCUCUAGUUCUGACUCUUGAAACAAUGUAGCAGAAGCCAGCUCUCCUCCACUUCUAGCCCCAGUCUGGGUAGGGGGAAGAGAAGGUUUGUGGGUACGGGUCGGCAGGUCCGGGUUGGGCACAGAGGUACUUAAAAACCUGGCUGCUUAUGGCAACUUUCAUCAGUCCAUUUGGCAUUUCCCUGAAUGUACCGAUUGCCAGUCCAGGCCUGCAAGCAACAGAAAGGGACAAAGUGUAUUUACAAUACAGGUAUGGGUUCCCUUAUCCGGAAACCCCUUAUCCAGAAAGCUCCGAAUUAUGGAAAGCCCGUCUCCCAUAGACUCCAUUUUAAUCAAAUAAUUCAGAAUUUUAAAACUGAUUUCCUUUUUCUCUGUAGUAAUAAAACAGUACCUGUACUUGAUCCCAACUAAGAUAUAAUUACCCCUUAUUGGGGGCAGAACAGCCCUAUUGGGUUUAUUUAAUGGUUAAAUGAUUCCCUUUUCUCUGUAAUAAUAAAACAGUACCUGUACUUGAUCCCAACUAAGAUAUAAUUACCCCUUAUUGGGGCAGAACAGCCCUAUUGGGUUUAUUUCAUGGUUAAAUGAUUCCCUUUUCUCUGUAAUAAUAAAACAGUACCUGUACUUGAUCCCAACUAAGAUAUAAUUACCCCUUAUUGGGGCAGAACAGCCCUAUUGGGUUUAUUUCAUGGUUAAAUGAUUCCCUUUUCUCUGUAAUAAUAAAACAGUACCUGUACUUGAUCCCAACUAAGAUAUAAUUACCCCUUAUUGGGGCAGAACAGCCCUAUUGGGUUUAUUUAAUGGUUAAAUGAUUCCCUUUUCUCUGUAAUAAUAAAACAGUACCUGUACUUGAUCCCAACUAAGAUAUAAUUACCCCUUAUUGGGCAGAACAGCCCUAUUGGGUUUAUUUAAUGGUUAAAUGAUUCCCUUUUCUCUGUAAUAAUAAAACAGUACCUGUACUUGAUCCCAACUAAGAUAUAAUUACCCCUUAUUGGGGGCAGAACAGCCCUAUUGGGUUUAUUUAAUGGUUAAAUGAUUCCCUUUUCUCUGUAAUAAUAAAACAGUACCGGUACUUGAUCCCAACUAAGAUAUAAUUACCCCUUAUUGGGGGCAAAACAAUCCUAUUGGGUUUAAUUAAUGUUUUUUUAAUUUUUUAGUAGACUUAAGGUAUGGAGAUCCAAAUUACGGAAAGACCCCUUAUCCGGAAUACCCUUUGUCCCGAGCAUUCUGGAUAACGGGUCCUAUACCUGUAUAACCAGUGAAUAUAAGUAAUGAAUGUAUAUUAGGAAGCUGCUUAGAAUGACAUUUCUGUCAUUUUGCAAAAAAGCUUGUGUCUUUAGGUAGAGUUCCCCUUUAAAAUAAAUAGAAAUGGCAGAAAAUCGCUGCCAUUACCCCCUAAAAGGGCUUAAUGUGAGGCCAUUGCCUCUGAAUGUACUACUUUUCUGUGCUAUGAAUGUAAAGGAUUGUCCUGCUGGUGCAAUGGAUUCUGGGCCUUACAGUUUCAAAGGGGAAGUUCACCUUGAAAUUCACAUGCAUUAGGAUGAAGAGGGUGCCAUUUGCAGCUGGUCUUUAUUUUGUAUUCUUGAUUUAUGGUUGCUGGGGGUCAGUGACCCCUGCAACACACAUAGCGCCGGAUUUGUUAUCGGGGCGCACCGAGGCUGCCUCCAUUUGUGCCCCCACCCCGCGAGCAUACUGCAGAGUGCAAAGACCUGCGCCGGGGUCAGUGACCCCCAUUUGAAAUAAUAGGGAUAAAUAAUUCAAAAACGAUAAAAAAUAAAUAAUGAAGACCAUUUAAAAAGUUGCUUAGAAUUGGCCAUUCUAUAACAAAUUAAAAGUUAAAGUUGAACUACCCCUUUGAGCCUUCAUUUGUGCCCCUAUAGAGUCCCAUGUUACAGCAGGCAGCUCUGAAACCCUGCAGACUUGCAAAGCACUGCCAUGGUAUUUUCUACUCCUACGGGGAGUCUAUUUAAUGCAUAGAACAAAGAACAUAUUGCUCAGCUUUUUUUAACCUGUGGGGGGAUUGCGUGACGGGAGUGGAACUGGCCGCCCAUAAGAGAAGAGAUGUGUGCAUGUGUAUUUAUUCUGAUGUUGAGUGAGAGCGGAUCCGAUUGCUGAAGCUGCAGAACAAACCCUAUUUAUUUAUAGUUAAUUUCUAUUGUGCAGCGCUGACCUGUGCCGACCAUGCUCUGGUGCAGUCUCUGGCCUGUUUGGUCAAACAGUGACCAAAGUGGCCUGUAGAAUUUGGCCAACUUGUUGAAUGCAUGGAUGUGGUUGAUCCCCACAGUAACCCAGAGCUGCCAUGUCUAGUGACGAUGCACUAAGCCUCUGAACAAACUUUCUUUCCUGCCUGUUUUUCACCCCAGAACCUCCUUCUGUCUCAGGUAGCAGUUUCACUUUUGAUAGGAAAGUAUGUCCAUGUCGGCAAUAUUCAUUUUGUUAUGUAGAACUGUACCUUUUGGCAUUGUACUUGUUUAUUAUGGAGGCCUCCAUUUUGUUUCUGGGCAUGUAGCAUAUGGGGUAUUCUGUGCUUUUGAGGAAAAUAGUUGCAUUUAGAACAGACUGGCUGUCGCUGCUUCCCAAAGUAUGGAGGACACACUGUCUACGGCAGAUGCAGUAUUGUACUAUGGUAAAUAACCAAUGGGUUCUGGUAUCUGACUAGGCCACGGGUGCCCAGACUUUUUCCUCGGGCGGUCACUUUUGACCCCUCCCAACCAGAAAUCCGCGGGGGAUCUGGUGGGCCACGAUCGACAGUUUGGCCACCCCUGGACUAGGCCAUCGGCUAGCCAGCUAAUGGGAUGGUAGUCACUGGUUUGCAUAUUCCAGUGGGUUCUAGUGGGAUCAGCUUUCCACAUUGAGUUUCAUGUUUCUGUACCUCAGCAAUGGGUACAGAGCCAUAUGGCUGAAUGGUACAGUAACUUGCCGGCCGCUGGAAUGUGCCACGGGGCAGCAGUAAAGGCCCAUGGGUAGGUAGCGAUUAGGUAAACGCAGCGCACAAUCCAUGCCCAUGAACAGAAUGACCCUGAGGUUCCUGCACUAUCCGGUACUGUAAUGUAGAGAAAUGCUUUUUCGGCCUGUCACAGGUAAGGGCCCCACACAUAGUACUGUACUGUCACCAUCUUUGCUGUUUCCACUGUGGUGUGGGGGGCAGCCGGGGAUCUUGGCACGCUCAGAUUUUUAUUAGUUCACUAAAUAAACACCAUUUCAAUGGA